CUCAGCUGGGAUAUCAGCAUCUGCACUAUAGCUCCCAUCUAUUCUUAGGUGAUAUCCCAGCACGACUGAACAGUGCCUUGUUGUUGCCUUGUGAAAGAGGUACAAAAUGGCUUACAGCGUGACUCUGAAUGGACCUGGACCAUGGGGUUUCCGACUGCAAGGGGGCAAGGACUUCAACAUGCCCUUGACCAUCUCCAGAAUCACCCCUGGCAGCAAGGCAGCACAGUCACAGAUGAACCAAGGGGACCUUGUGGUAGCCAUUGAUGGAGUCAACGCUGACAGCAUGACCCACUUAGAGGCCCAGAACAAGAUCAAGUCAGCCAGCCACAACUUGAGCCUCACUCUUCAGAAAUCUAAACGUCCAGUGCCAGUUUCAAACACAGCACCCAGAAUUGACUCUCCCAAGGCUGUAAUUCCCCACCAGAAGGUCAUAACCAACACUGCUGCCAACACGGAGUUCACGGAGCGUUUCAACCCCAAUGUCCUGAAGGACUCUGCCCUGUCUACACACAAACCCAUUGAGGUGAAAGGCCUAGGCGGCAAGGCUACUAUAAUUCACGCCCAGUAUAACACCCCGAUCAGCAUGUAUUCCCAAGAUGCUAUCAUGGAUGCAAUUGCAGGCCAGGCACAAGCCCAGGGUGGAGAAUUUGCUAGUACCCUGCCUAUUAAAGAUCCUCACGUAGACAGUGCCUCUCCGGUGUAUCAGGCUGUGCUUAAAACUCAGAACAAGCCUGAAGAUGAAACCGAAGACUGGAGUCGCCGUUCUGCCAAUCUGCAGUCUAGGUCUUUUCGCAUCCUUGCCCAGAUGACUGGAACGGAGUACAUGCAAGAUCCAGAUGAAGAAGCCCUGAGGAGGUCAAGAGCCAAGGAAAAUUUUGCAGCAGCAUCAGAAAACAGGCCUACAGCUACUACACAUGCGCCACAGUAUGUGACCUCAAGUAUUUGGCAUCCUCCUAAAUCAUGCACCAUGGAUGCCAACACUGACAGUGCUAAGCCAGUGGCCUCCAAGGGGUCUGUGAGGCUUGGAGCGGGUGCAGGUCAGAGGGAGGCCAGUUUCGUCACUACUGGCCAGAAAGUCCCUCUUACUUCCUCCAGUAAUCAAAGUACCCCUGUUGAGCAUGCUCCGGUGUCUACCAGUUCUGCCUCUGCUCCUGCACCACAUGCUUCAGCCCAUCAGCCUGCUACUGCUGCUCAAAACACAGCCAGUCUGAUGACACCACCAGCAACCACCUCAGUAGUGCAAGAGUCUUUCUCAUCCUCCUUCCAAAGAGUGCUUGCAGCCCCCAGCCCUCUUUCACAGCCUAAGCCUUUCCAUGGGUCCAAGAACAUGUCAUUAGCAGCUUCCACUAUUUCAUCUGCUCUCUCAUCUCAGUCUAGUUUCAACCGGCAUUCUUCCACCUCCAUCAGCUACCAGUCAAAGAAGAGAAACACAAGCCAGUCAUAUACACCAACGCCAGUUUCUGGAAGCUACAGUGAAAGUCCUGCUGCUUCCGCUACUUCAAAACCGAGAGUUGUUACUACUGCCAGCAUAAAGCCUUCUGUCUACCAGCCAGCACCAGCACCAGUUCAUUCCUACGCCCCUGCCAACGCUGAGCCUGCAAGUCGCCCUCCCUGGGUAACAGAUGACUCCUUUUCCCAGAAAUUUGCACCCGGAAAAACCACCACCACUGUCACGAAGCACGUCCUACCAAGGGGUGCUCCAGCACCAUCUCCUGCCUCAACUUCUGCUUACCCAUCUCCAGUGUCAGCUUCUUCCCAGGCUCCUGCAAUAGCCCGGGGAACAGUUCAGAGGGCUGAGCGUUUUCCAGCCAGCAGCCGAACUCCUCUCUGUGGGCACUGUAACAGCAUAAUUCGGGGUCCUUUCCUGGUAGCCAUGGGUCGCUCUUGGCACCCAGAAGAAUUCAAUUGUGCUUACUGCAAGACAUCCUUGGCUGAUAUGUGCUUUGUGGAAGAGCAGAAUAGUGUGUACUGUGAGCGCUGUUAUGAACAGUUCUUCGCACCAACCUGUGCCAGAUGCCACACUAAGAUCAUGGGGGAAGUGAUGCAUGCCCUAAGACAGACUUGGCACACAAGUUGCUUUGUCUGUGCUGCUUGUAAGAAGCCGUUUGGGAACAGCCUCUUUCACAUGGAGGAUGGGGAGCCUUACUGUGAGAAAGAUUAUAUUGCUUUGUUCAGCACAAAAUGCCAUGGCUGUGAUUUUCCUGUUGAAGCUGGAGAUAAAUUCAUUGAAGCUCUCGGACACACUUGGCAUGAUACCUGCUUCAUUUGUGCUGUAUGCCAUGUGAAUUUGGAAGGUCAGCCAUUCUACUCCAAGAAGGAUAAGCCACUGUGCAAGAAGCAUGCCCAUGCCAUCAAUGUUUAAAAGAAGAGUUGGUAGAGAGUAAUGCUGGGGAAAAAACAGAUGACUAACUGGGCAAUUAUAAAGUUGAUAACCACGGCUAGCAUUUCUCUUGGUAAAAGCUAGGAAGUUGAUACUUCUGAAGUUUAACUUUAACCUCUUUCAUAAAUGCAGAACAUGCUCUUGCAAGGUUCAUCCAAAAACCUACUGCAUGAACAGUCAAAAACAAAUGAACUAGUCCAUUAUUAGAGCAACAGUAGGGGGAAAUACUGAAAUUAACUAAAAACUGUAAUGUAAAAAGUAAUGCACAAAUACAGUUUCAAAUGAACUACCCACAGCAGUUUUGCUGCUUAGACCACACACUAGUGUUUAAGAAAAACUGGAAAAGUCCUUUUGUAGUAAGUCAUUUUCUUUCAUAACAAGAGUAAGUAAGUGCCACACGUACGAUAAUCUGUAGAAAGGCCAUAGCUUUCAAAGGGAAAUAAAUAGAUUAGGGUUUCCUCUAUGAAAAGUGAGUGCUAUUCCAUUACGUUGUGGUGCUACCUCAUAGCAUCAAAUAUUUUAGAUUCUUUCCAAAUAAGAAGUCUGCCUUGAGUCCAUAUGUAGCUGGGAAGCCUAGGAGAUGAUCCAUAACUCAGUUUGAACAUAAAGUGGAAACAGAGUUAACUCCUUCCAUAACCCAGUAAGACUGAGAAAAGCAUGCUGGGUCAACCUUGCUAGUGCACUUGGCUUGUACAUGCGCAGCAGAUUAGUUCACUUUCAAAUCAUAAUGGACAAGGACAACUGGCUUUCUCCAAAUUGCUCUUGCAUUGAAUGGAAUAGAGCUGGCUGGAAAGGCCAGCUUUUAAUUCGAAACCAGUUUUCCUUUCCUCUUGUGGAAAAAAAAAAACCCCACCACUCAAAGUUGCUUUGGUUUCUAAUUCCCAUUGAUAUCAGUGGGAGGUAGGAAUCUACAUCUGGUCCUUCGCAUUGGUGAACACAGAAGACACAGGUCCAUCUAGCACAGCUAGGCAGCGGGAGAUAGCUUGCAAAAGUUCCCUGCUCUAUCCCACGUAGUUAGGAAGAGGGCAUCUUUUUUUUUUUUUCCUACAGUAUAUUAAAAUUGAUUAAAAAUUCAUAAGGCAGCAUAACACCACAGGCACAUACUCUUAUUACGUUUGUUAGUUUAAAUGCAACACAUCCUGAAUUGGUGUAGUAUUUGCCAUUGUAAAACAGUAGAUAGGCUCCGACAAUUAGGAUAACCAUACAGUGAUCUUUUCUAGUAUUUUAAGAACAACUUUCAAGUUGUUCAAAGUUAUUUAUAAAACUUUUUUGGGGUUUUUUUUUGCAAAAGAGCAACAUUUGUAGUACUGACAAUACAUUUGAAUUUUUAAUUUUAAAUAUCAAUGACUUUUAUAUUGGAGACAGCACUUCUAUCUGAUAGAAAAUAGAGUUAAAAUGAAAAGUCUGAUCACUAUUCAAGUUUUACUAAUUUGUUUAAGUGAGAAUUAUGAUGUGUGUGUUGACAGCUUGCAGUACUGACAGUUUUGAAUUAGUAUUUCUGAGGCUGAUGGUGCAUUCUGUGGGCCACGUUCUGGUGCCACCUGCACCCUAUUUUACCUUGUGUUUUCAGUAACAAGGAAGGACAUGGCAUUGUCUGCCUUUUCCCUCCUAUGGGUAUGCCCAUUUUAAGAAAAUUGGUGUGUCUUUUCAGGGAUGAAAAACUACCCAAAGCUUGGGGGAGGAAUAAAAGAAAUUUGGAGUUCUUAUAUGAGAGUUAGCUGCAGGCAGUCCACAUCUUGGACAAAAAUAACAACCUGAACUGCCUGUGGCAGUUUUGACAUGUUUGACCUGUAUUUAUUCAGUAGGUAUCUUAGUUCUCACUGAUCUUAGCAGUGACCUCAUCUGAGUGCUACAGGGUCAGAUUUUUGUAUGCAUGAAUUAUUCUAAAACACUAGUACGUUAUACGCAAAGCCUUUUUUUCUAUAGCAAACAAAUUUUCUGUUUUCAGUCGGUGCUGGGCUGGUGUGAAUGUGGUUCCAUUGAUUACAAAAUCCAAAGAUCUGCCUCGUAAUAUUCUCUAGAGGAAUAAAUUGUAAUCAUGGAACUUAAACAUUUUUUCACUCAUAUUUGACUUCAUUAAAUACCUUUUCGUAACAGUGAGAC